CAGAUAACCCAAGGAAAAAAGAAACCCCUUAACACGUUUUGUUCACAAGCUAUUAUCGAGAAAAAGGGGAAAAAAAAAAAUUAAAGCUUCAGAAUCAGAAGCUCUAACCCGCAAGCGCAUUUCUUCUUCUUCCACUUCCGAUUGACAUGGACUCUCCGCCAGCAAAGAGCUGGAGCAUCCACAGCCGGCCCGAAAUCAUCGCAAAGUAUAAGAUCCUCGAGCGGGUCGGAUCCGGAGCCUACUCGGAUGUGUACAGAGCCAUUCGACUCUCCGACAAACUCACCGUCGCGCUCAAGGAGGUCCACGACUACCAGUCGGGGUUUCGAGAAAUCGAGGCCCUCCAGGCCCUCCACAGCUGUCCCAACGUCGUCGUUUUGCACGAGUACUUUUGGCGCGAGGACGAGGACGCUGUGCUCGUGUUAGAGUUUUUGACGACUGACUUGGCCACUGUGAUCAGAAGCGCUAAGAAGAGAGAGGGUGGGAUUGGGCGCGGGGAGGUCAAGAGGUGGAUGCUGCAAAUCCUAUCUGGAGUUGACGCGUGUCAUCGGAAUAUGGUGGUCCACCGCGAUUUGAAGCCCAGUAAUUUGUUGAUUGGUGAUAAUGGUAUGCUUAAGUUGGCUGAUUUUGGUCAGGCAAGGAUACUCCUAGAGCCUGGAUAUGUUCCUGAUGAUGAAAACCCUGAACCAUAUGCACAAAGCACUCCCAGCCAAUGUCAAGCAGGGUACAGAGUUCAAGAACAUGGAACUAUGAGCAAAGAAGAAUAUUUUCGAGUGUUAGAUGAGGUGAAGGCGAAAGAACUUGAUAAAGAAACAAGUGUUCCUGAUGGAGAUACAUCUUGUCUAGCAACAUGUACAACGAGUGACAUAGAGGAUGAUAUUUUGAAGGGUUCUUAUUCAUAUGAGGCAGAGGAGGGUGGAGAUAAUAGAAAUGGAGCUCUGACGUCCUGUGUUGGAACUCGAUGGUUCCGAGCCCCUGAACUACUCUAUGGAUCCACAGAUUAUGGUUUAGAGAUAGAUCUAUGGUCAUUAGGCUGCAUUUUUGCAGAGCUUUUGACGCUGGAGCCACUUUUUCCUGGAACUGCUGAUAUUGAUCAGCUCAGCAGGAUCAUCAGUGUCCUGGGAAACUUAACUGAGGAGGUGUGGCCUGGUUGUGUUAAACUUCCUGAUUACAGGAUAAUAUCAUUUAAUAAAGUAGAAAAUCCGGUCGGUAUAGAGGCCUGCCUGCGAAACCGUUCCCCCAAUGAAGUCUCCCUGGUGAAGAAACUUAUUUGUUAUGACCCAGCUCGGAGAGCUACGACCAUGGAACUGCUCCAAGACAAGUAUUUCAAUGAAGAGCCUCUUCCAGUUCCUCUAUCUGAGCUGCACAUCCCUCCCACCAAAGAUACGAGUUCAGACUCUCCCGGUGGCUGGCAAGAAUACGAAGAUAUGGGUACAGACUCUGAUUUUGACGACUUUGCCCGGGUGAAUACGACUACCACUUCAACUGGUUCAUACAUUCAGUUUUCCUGAGUUCAAAGGAUAACCGUGAUACCAAUUGUUCUUGUUAUUGUUAUUUAUUGCUUGGAAGCUUUUAGGGAAUCGAAAGUAUGGUUUCUUCAAAUUUCAGCCUUGUUCGAGUGAAAGUAUUAUUAGGAGAAACUCUCCCAUGUGAUGGCUAGUUGUAAAACUCUUCACCCCCAGAAUUUUGAAUGUCUUUUUAUUUGUUCUACCCUCCUAUUAAAAUUGUUGGAACCUAUAACAGUUGUAUUAAUCAGCGGCUCAAGAUUUUAAAAAUAAAUCCAGAGUGUUUACUCA